AUGGAUACAUCCACUGACAUACAGCUUGCGGCAUCAAAAGUAACUUUGGGGGAUGACGAUCUUCUUCGUGCUCAGGGUCAUGAGUCUGUAAUGAAUAGGUCUUUCUCCAUGCUCUCAUCCCUAGGACUUGCAUUUAGUAUCACCAACGCGUGGGUCGGUGCGUUAAGCAACUUUGGUCAAAACCUCCAGUAUGGAGGAUCUCAAGUGGCACUAUUAUCGAUCCUUAUUGCCUGCUGUUGUCAAUGGGUUAUCACUCUAGGAUUGUCUGAGAUAGCAUCGGCAUUUCCUUCAUCUGGGGGUCAAUACCAUUUCGUGUAUAUUGUCGCGCCAGAGAAAAUUAAACGAUUCGCGGCAUUCGUUACAGGUUGGAUGUCCAUCCUUGGGUGGUGGAUUGCAUCAUGUUCUGGAGCAGCCCUGGUUUCUACUUCAAUAGUUGGUUUGGUACAUUUCCUGCAUCCGAAUUUCACAAUUCUUCAAUGGCAUGAAUAUCUUGUGUACCUGGCUACAUUGAUCAUUACAAUAAUUCCAGUUGUCUCCUGCCCUCGAUACAUCCCACGCCUUGUAUCUUGGUCCCUAUACCUCACCUUAUCCGGAUUUAUUAUAUGGAUUAUCGUCAUUCUGGCCAUGCACAAACAUACGAAUAGUGCAAAAGAAAUUUUUAGCCCCGGUCAAGGGACCAGUGGGUGGAGCUCUGGGACAGCCUGGUUACUAGGCAUUAUCAACUCCAUGUACUGCUUCACCUGUACCGACGGUGUCAUUCAUAUUGCGGAAGAAAUGCCAUCGCCAGGAAAACGACUUCCUCAGAUUAUGAACAUGACAAUGCUUAUCAGUCUGGUAACAGCUUUCCCUCUUAUGACGGUGAUGAUGGUCACAAUGGAGGACAUGCAAAGAGUACUCAGUUCCAAAAUGCCAGCAAUUGAGCUUCUCUACCAAGCUACAGGCUCAACUCCAGUUACCGUGGCUCUUGCUGUCAUAUUAACUGUCAUAUAUGCAUCAUGUCUCCCACCACAAUGGACCACAUGCGGGCGUCUUCUUUGGGCAUUUGCACGAGAUCGAGGGACACCAUAUGCAGAUUUCUUUGCUCACGUUGAUAGGUCCCUUGAAUUCCCUUUACGUACGACAAUAACUUCGACUAUCUUCGCUGCUUUAUAUGGACUGAUUUGGCUUGCUAGCACCACUGCAUUCAACUCGAUUAUUACAUCCGCUAUCACAUUAAUCAACUCCACCAUGACAUCCCCACAAUUGCUAUGCCAGAACAUCCUCUUCGACUGGGCUGAGUCCCUCGAUACCAAGAACUGGGACAAGCUUGACUCCUUAUUCACUCGCUCAAUCACUGUCGAUUACGGUGGUGUUGUUGGUUUCGAGAACGUGUCAACCCCCAAGGGCUUCAUCGAGUCCCUCGCACAUCCCGCUAGUUUGGGAAAGGACGCCAUCUCCACUCAGCACUUCGUUGGUGCUACCAAAUGGGAAGAGGUUUCAGAGAAGAAGUGGGUUGUCACCUACCAGAUUCGUGUGGCUCACUGGCACUCCAAAAAAGGAGCUGAUGUCCGAAACGCCAAUGGAUACGGAUUGAACACUAUGGAGUUCGAGUUGACCGAGGAUGGCUGGAAGAUUGUGCACCUGACGGUGCGCCCCCCGAAUGAUGGAGGGUGA